AAGUUCUUAACGCAAAAUCAAAGCUUAUGCAAACGAGGCGAUUAGCAGCUCACUGAAAUCUUCGUGAUAAUCGAUAAAUGGUAAAUGCAGCAGGUUUAGUGCAAGCUUUCGCACGACGACCAAGUGUGAGUAGAAAAGAGCAAAAUCUAUGUGGCGUUCAAGGAUUAAAGUGAAAAAAGUUUAAAAUAAAAAAAAAUUAUGCUGAAAGUGAGUUUAUUUGUCUAUGGUGAGAAGGUUAGGUUAUAAGGAAGUCAAAUAAACACGGAAACCUUGAAUAACAGUUAGCGAAACUGCGCAAAUACAGAAGCCGCGAAAUAAUAAGGUCCCGGUACACAUUACGCUAAAGCAAAUAGUGGGAAACCCAGUAACAACUGUUUAAAGAAAAGCGUUAAAUAAAAAUUUAUAACAUCUGUACUUAUUAACACAAGCGUUUGUAUAUACAUAUGUAUGUGCAUUGUGUGACACAUGAUUAACAACAGCGCUAAAAAAUAAUAUCAAAUAAAAAAGCGCCAUUGCAAUCAUUGUGUGAAUUUUAUAGCUCAUUAGCAAAACCAAAACCAAAACAAAACCGCUUAUCUACGCCUUUGUGACCGCGUUCUUUCUUGGUCUUCAAAUAUUUUGGUUUCGCACCUAACCGCAAUUUUAGAAUUUUUGGUUCUCCUUCACUAAUUUGUGUGUGCUCGAGCAUAAAUUAAAGUAUUGUCGCGCAAUCAACGUGUGAAAGUCCUACUAAAUUGCUAUUAAAUUAUAAACAAAUAUUUUUGGCAAUUUUAAAUAUUUUUUUCAUUCCUACGAGUUAAAAAAAUGUUAUUUCCUGAAAAUUAAUAUUGAAAAAGUGGCAAAAGCAAAGAGUAAAGCUCACCAGUGCCAAAAGUGUUGAUAAAAUAGAGUAAAGCGUGUGAUAAAUAUGCAAUAAAUUGUCUUGCUGUCAAGCGAGAGUGUGAACAGGUGUUUAUUGUUAAGGAAAUAACAAAAAUAAAAGCAAUAAAAACGUUGAAAAUUCUUAAAUUGUGUUCAAAAUAAAAAGAAUCGCCCUUUAUACAUUUUCUCGACAAAAAGUUGUAGAACUUUCGUCCAACGCCAAAAAGUGUUAAUUGGUAAUUUUAACGGCUGACGUCACACGCGCGUUAUAUCAAAACAAAAAAAGUUUUGUUCCUUCCUACUUUUUUUCAUACACUUUCUGAUUUUAAUUUUUUCGUUUUGUUCGGUUUCCAAAAUUUCGUAGAAGACAAUGUCCACUGGUCGCCGUUUAGCCAAACGUUCAAUAAUCGGUACAAAAGUUUGUGCGCCAGGUCCGGAUGGUCUCUGGUAUUCGGGCGUUAUACAAGACGUCAAGACGCCACCUACUGCCACGGUCACUUCGUCGUCGCUAUUGGCAACGAGUGAUUCUGCCGCAGUCAACAACAACGGUACAAAUCUUACCGCCGACACUAAAUAUAUAGUACGUUUCGAUUUUAAGACACAAACCAUGGAGCACAACUUGGACACAUCGCCCUCAUCGUCGUCCAAGUCGUCCGUUAUAAUGGAAGCACGUCGCACUGUAAGCGCACAUUACAUUAGUCCCGCGCAAGCUUUGCGUCGCAACGCCAUGAUUAAGGAGUUUCGCGAGUCGGACUUGAUCGGUCCGGGUUUUCGUUCCAUAUUGGGUAUACAAUUGCAGCCGGGCCAACGAGUUUUUCUCACCCACAACGGACGUGAGACUUCCGGUGAUGUCAUUGCUCAUGACGUGGAAAAGGACGAUGUUGUCGUAAAGAUCACCACAAUCGGAACUGAGGUGAGUAGUGUAGUUAGUGGUGUAAUAUUAUAACUAAGUUCUGCCGUUUCCCAAAGGUCGAACGUAUUUUAUAUAUAGUAAUUGAAAACCUUACCAAUGCAACUCUGUUUUGGUCUUGCUAAAUACCUACAUUUGUGUUGGCUUCCAACAUAAUUUCUUUCACUGAAUGCCACUUGCUUGUUUAUGUUUUCCAUUUCUCUAUUAUCUUUUUGCUACAAUUCCUUCCCAACCCCCAAUUGUGUAUGUUGCGCACCCUUGGGGAGGAAAUGCGCGCUGCUUCGAGGUUGAUACUGUCGUGUAUGGGCUGUGUUGCCUCUCAACUCGUGUGGUUUUCUUUUACAUUGGCCUUCUUUUCAUCGUUUUUACCAUUUCAUGUUUGUUGUUCAUAUGUUUGUUUGGAAGAGCGCUUUACACAAGUCCUCCGCUCUGCCACUUGCCUUUGGGCUCAAGUACGCGCAUCUGCAACGGUAGUUGUAUCUGUGUCUGCAUUCGUGGCAGUGGCAAGUUCGAGGUAUAUACUCGUAUUGGGUAAGUAUGUCAAGGUUAAGCGCAUUCGGUAGGGUGGCGCAUGCGAAUUAGAGCAUGAGAGGGAGCCAAGUGCAUUUUACAUACCCCAAUGAUUGUACUCGUAGCCAUAGCGAGGCGACUUCGAUAUGAAACUGUGAAAAAGAUUCGCGAACUAUGUCAAGUUUGUAUACAACUAUAUGCUUAUGUACAUAUAUAUGUAGGUGCACCCUCACUACUUCAUUGUUGGCUGAAAGUUCUGGUAUAUGAAUGAUUUUUAUGCUUUUACUUUUAUUUAUUUACUGCUACCGUUAUGUUGAAGGGACUUGGCCGUAUUGGUGUUUAAGGACAUAUAAACUAUUUACCAGCUGGAGGGGUAUCGGUUUUUCAUAUGUUGCUAUGUAUAUGACUAUAGUUCCAUAUCGUAGUUUUUUAGGUGUAAAUUAUGUCCUAUGGAACUAUAGAAAUUUAGCUCCGCUUAGAUAUCUUUCUUAUUUUGGCAUUUUAGUACCGUAAUGCAGUCAACUACUAGUAAUUGUGCAGUCGCAGAUUAAAAAUCUUAACGAAUUUCCGCUAUAGCUUAGGUAGGAAGAGGACGAGGUAGAAACAACUCAACUUUAUAUUCUUGACGGUUCCGUCUUUUCAACGUUGAGACCUCGGAACUCACACCCUUAGACGUCAGAUUGAGCAAGCGGAAAAUAAAUCACCUUGGCUGGUGAUGAGUUCAAGCCACUUUGUUGGUAUAUGAGAUAUAAUUAUUCGAUUUUUUCUCGAUACAAAGGGCCCGGUAUAGCUCCUGUCUUAAGGAUCCCAACCUAAUUUUCUAGAUUAAUUUAUAAAGAUUUUGAAUACUAAGCUUCAAGAACUUUGAUGGCGGUUUGGGCAUAUACAUACGUACAUAUCGCUCAUUUGCUGCAAGACCGGCAUAAUUCAAAAAACGUGAUUUUUGAGUUAAUGCUGCAGAAUUGUUCGUUAUAUCAUACUUCAUGUUGAGUGAAAAAUUCAUAUGAAUACCUCUUAUAUGCUCCGCUUGAGAAGAGGUGUAAGGUUGGAGUCACCGUGUAAGGUUGUAGUAAGAUGAAAACUUUAAACGCGUUUUCUGGCGAAUCGAUUUUUUUGACUUAUGCCGGUCUUGCAGCAAAUGAGCGAUAUGUACAUAUGUAUUGUUCUUGUGUGUACAUAUGUAUGUAUAUAACUAUUUGUUUUUUACCUGGUUCUGUUGAUAGCUCGUGGGAUUAGUUUUAGGUCUAAUUUUUGAGAUCAUACCCCAUUGAGGCAUAGGUUACACAUACUAUAUUCAGAAGAUCUCAAAAUAUUCAAGCGGGUUUUUUUGUCUACUUGUUUUCAAAAAAUUAUAUAUUUCUUAUUUUGAAUAUAUUACUGCUGGUUUGCUUCUUUCUUGUGAAUAUAUACAUACAUAUAUAUAUGUAGGUGUGUGUGAACAAGCGUUUGGAACGGCAUUUUUAGUUUUCCACAACUUGUUUUCUCUUUUGCUUUAAACGCUGUACGGUAUACUGUUAGUUUGUAUUUCUAUUUUCGUUUCUAUUCGCUUUUAUUGUUAUUUAUACAAAAACUAUACACCUAUACCACUACAUAUUUACCACUUUAUGUGUGGCUGCUCAUUUGAAUGCGCGCUGCUUAACCCAUACACAUGUGUGGCAUGUGUGUGUGUGUGUACGCAUGUAAAUGGGGUUGCCACGAAACAGCGUCGUUAUUUUCGUUGCCUACACGUGAGCUUCACAUGUUUUUUGUUGGUGCUUUGUGUCUUUUCUCUCUUUUAUAUUCAGCUCACCUCCAAAAUUUAGGUGUAGACCAACAAAACAAAAACAUGAGAAAUAAAAAUAAAAACAAGAAACUUUUAGACGCACGUUUCUCAACGAAUAAAUUCGCUUCAACAAAAGUGGAGGUCGCUUUUAAGCAGUCACAGCAACGAAAUGGUGAAAAGCAAAGCAAAAUAAAACACUGCUUGUGGGCGAAAGCGGCGGUAACGGGCAGGUGAUUUUAAAUAUUACCGAAAAUGACUACGUAGAGCGUUAAACGGCACAUUUUUGCAGUUAUUUGUAAUUUGGGAACGUGAAAAUGCUCCAACUUAAAAGCAAAAGUUUCAUACUGCAUUUAUCUACUUUUAGGCGUUAAACCCUGUUACAUACUUCUCUUGAAUUAUUCAGGGUUCCUUCUGUUAAAUUUUUGGGUAUAUCUAAUCUUCUUCAGCAAUAGCUUGUUGGCUUGUCUUUUGAGUUCGUGGGUUUUGAUUUAUUUUUAAUUCGCAAGCAGUUUUAAUUAAAUGCUUUUUAAUCUCUCAGGCUUUUUAGCUAUUUUUGAUUUGUUUUCUCAUUUGAUUUUGAUUUGUAAUUCGCAUUGUUCUCUCUCACUGAACUCGUUUUUUAGUGUUGUCAUGGCCAACUAAAAAUAAUAGAAGAGAAACAUAAGUAUGUAUAUGUGUUUUUAUUUCUAUUUCACUUGAUGAUUGCCACGAAGAGUAGUCGCUCAUAUAUACAAAUGCCAUGUAACGCAAAUACACUUACAUACAUAUUAUGUAUAUAUAUAUGUAUUUAGUAGUUUCUGAGUUACAUUAAUCGAGUGGAAAUAUUGGUUAACGUUUCGGGUUUCAAUACUUUUUGUUUACAUGUGUCCAAAAUGCUCAAGGCGACGAGGUGAAAUGAUUGCGAUAUGUUUGUUCAGCCAUGAUUUCGUCACGGACCCAAAAUGUCCAAUAUAAAGAUUCGACUCGAAGAUCUUUGA